AUGGGCGCCAACCAAAUUAGUCACGGACCGUAUGGUAAUUAUAUUGUAACCGAUAUUAGUGGGCAGAAAUAUGCGAUCUCAAGUCGAUUUCGUUUGUCACCUCAUAAUUGCAAAUGUCGAGGGCGAAAAACAGGACUGGUGCUUUAUCCUGUCGAUAAGAACCAUGAAAAUACUGUGUUACUUGUUUGUGAAAAUCAUUUUGGUUACCAAUCGAAUGAUGCAACACAGCAUAAGCAAUUACUGCAAUGGUACUAUCGAAUUUAUGGUGAUUCAAAACAAUAUCGUUUUGUGUCUGGCUUCUCUCAAAAAGAUAACGGAUCACUUAGUUUCAAUAGUAUCUCACAAAAUGCUGUAGGUCCUUAUACGAAUAACAAAAAAGAAAUGAGUUCAAUUGAACAGAAGAUCGUAAAUAAAAUCGUCAGCGAACAGCUCCAUUCGUACGAUGCCAAUGUUGGGUGA